AUGGGUUUUCGUGAACAAAGAGAAACGUGUUGGAUUCGGUGCAUUGCACUUCUUUGUUGGUUUGACUGGUCUUCGGCUCAGAUAUCGUACUCCAUAUCCGAGGAAGUGGAUAAAGGCAGUUUUGUGGGGAACAUUGCAAAGGAUUUAAAUAUUAACAUUCAAGAACUGGAGUCGAGAGGACUUCGGAUUGUAUCGGGUCAGAGUAAGAGGUAUUUCGAUGUGAAUCUGAAAACGGGUGUGCUCUAUGUGAGUGACAGAAUUGAUAGAGAGGAGCUCUGUCCGAAUGUAGCCCAGUGCACUUUAAAUAUAGAGGCCAUAUUGAGUCAUCCGAUGCACCUCCACAGGAUUGAAGUGAAUAUUCUAGAUAUAAAUGAUAAUGCGCCGUCUUUCAUUGAUAAAUCACUGGUGCUGAGUAUUCCAGAAUCAUCUUUUCCCGGAGAAAGAUAUCCUUUACCGUUUGCAAAUGACGCAGAUGUAGGCCUUAACUCGGUUAAAACCUACAAACUGAGUCUGAACGAACACUUCUCUCUAGAUAUACAAAACGGAGGAGAGGAUAGUGUAUCUGCUGAAUUAGUGCUGCAGAAAGCUUUAGACCGUGAGAAACAGGCUGUUAUCCAGCUCGUUCUCACUGCUGUAGACGGAGGGAAACCUCCACGGUCUGGGACAGUUCUCAUCAUUGUUAAUGUACUAGAUGUGAACGACAACACUCCAACAUUCAGUAAACAACUUUUCAAAGCUCGUGUUGCAGAGAAUGUACCCCUUGGAUCUUCAGUGAUUAAACUGAAUUCGACAGACUCCGAUGAAGGCUUAAAUGGCGAGGUUGUGUUUUCCUUGGUAGGACGAGGAAAUUCGAACCCCUUAGACCUGUUUGCAAUAGAUUCGGUCUCUGGUGAAGUAAUUGUUACGGGUCCGUUGGACUAUGAGGAAAAUCCUGUGUAUGAAAUCCGUGCACAAGCCAGUGACAAAGGCACACCUCCACGUAGCACUCAUUGUAAAGUCCUGGUGGAAGUUGUUGACGUAAACGACAAUGCUCCAGAAAUCUCGGUGACGUCACUGAUGACGCCAGUAAAAGAAGACUCUGUUCUUGGAACAGUUGUUGCCUUAGUCACGGUCAGAGAUAAAGAUGGUGGUAAAAAUGGGCUCACUAAAUUAUCUAUUUCUAACACAGUGCCGUUUAAAUUAAAAUCGUCGUAUAAAAAUUAUUAUUCUUUAGAAGUGAAUGGCCCGUUAGAUAGAGAGAGUGUCUCUCUGUAUAAUGUCACCAUCACAGCUACUGACGAAGGGACCCCACCUCUCUCCAGUACCAGUGUUAUUGUUGUCCACAUUUCUGAUGUGAAUGACAACUCACCGCGCUUCCAGGAGCGCAUCGCGAAUGUUUACGUUAAAGAGAACAGUCAAAUUGGAGCUGUUAUUUAUAUGGUGUCUGCUUUUGACUCGGAUAUUGACGACAAUGCUAAGAUAACUUACUCAUUAAUUGGUAGUUCGUCCAAAAGUACACCAGUGGCAACUUUUGUGAACAUUAACGCGGACAGUGGAGACAUACACAGUUUACAGUCUUUUAAUUAUGAGGAAAUGAAAGCGUUUGAUUUUAAGGUUCAGGCCACAGACUCCGGCGUACCUCCAUUGAGUAGCAACCUUACUGUGAACGUUUUUAUCCUUGAUGAAAAUGACAACAGCCCCGAGAUUCUCCCUCCAUAUUCUGAGCAAGGUUCAUUUAACAUGGAGAACAUUCCCUAUUCUGCCGAUGCAGGCUACUUUGUGGCCAAGAUCAGGGCUGUAGACGCCGACUCAGGUUACAAUGCGCUGCUUUCCUAUCACAUCUCAGAACCCAAAGGAAACAACCUUUUCCGAAUCGGAACCAACAGCGGCGAAAUCAGGACUAAAAGGCGAAUGAGUGACAAUGAUCUGAAAACUCAUCCAUUGGUGAUUUUGAUUUGUGAUAACGGAGAGCCCUCCUUGUCAGCAACUGUGUCUAUUGAUGUUGUAGUUAAUGAGAACACAGGUGACACUCAGAUUCCAUUUAGACACGCGCCGAGAGAGGAGGAGAGUUUUUCUGAUUUAAAUCUGUAUUUGCUGAUCGCCAUUGUGUCGGUGUCAGUGAUCUUUUUACUGAGCCUCGUCAGUGUGAUAGCAGUAAAGUGUCACCGAACAGACAGCAGCUUCAGCAGGUACAGUGCUCCAGUGAUGACUGCACAUCCUGACGGAAGCUGGUCUUACUCCAAAGCUACUCAACAAUAUGACGUGUGCUUCAGCUCGGACACGCUGAAGAGUGACGUAGUGGUUUUCCCUCCACCGUUUCUGUCUGCAGACGCAGAACUGAUCAGUAUUAAUGAAGGGGACACUUUUACCAGGACACAAACACUCCCUAAUAAAGAGAAGGUAAGGACCUUUAGCACGAGGCUAUAUUUCUCCACGUUCUUUCCAAAGUACAUUAUGUCUGGGGGGAAAAUCUUUAAGUUUUCGCUGAAAUUUCUAGAUUGA